CAAUUUUUUUUUCGGCAGUGCUAGUUAACUGACACUGCUUUAUGCAUACUGCUUUUGUAUGUCUAUACAUAAUGUGAAGAGAUAAGUGUGUGUAGCAGUGAUUGCCGCAGGCUGGUGUUCAACGCACAUUCUAGGAACCCACAGCGCAUCAACAUGGCGCAGGAUAUGGAAGCCAUAGCGAAGGAUAAAAAAGACACGAGGAAGGAUACCAGUGAAAGAGGGAAAUGGCACAACUCCCUGGAAUUCAUGAUGUCGUGUUUAGGCUUUUCUGUUGGCGUGGGAGCUCUGUGGAAAUUCCCACACGUCGUCAUGAGAAAUGGAGGUGGAGCCUUUCUUAUCGUCAGUGCCAUUUUCAUUGUUGUAUGUGGCAUUCCUCUAUUUUUCCUUGAGAGCUGCAUUGGGCAAUACUUCUCAAUGAGCCCUCUUAGAUUCUGGAAAAUGAGUCCGUUGUUUCAAGGUGUGGGUAUUUCCAUGGUUCUGUUGUCUACCGUGUUUUCUGUCUAUUAUAACACGUUGAUCGCCUGGACCCUAUACUACUGCGUCAUGUGUUUCCGGCCUACACCUCCAUGGAACCACGUGUACAACGUACUGGACCUCUCGCGUGGAUUUGAGUUUAUGGGCACAUUGAAGUGGGAACUGGCGCUGGCUGUGACUAUCUCGUGGACCCUUGUCUUCAUCUGUCUCUGUAAAGGAGUCUUCUCUUCAAGGAUUGCGGUCUACAUCACAGCUCCGGCACCUUUUAUUCUCCUCACCAUACUGCUGAUCCGUGCCUCGCUGCUGCCGGGGUCUCUGGACGGGGUCCUCUUCUACGUGACCCCUGAUUGGGACAGGCUCAAAUCCUACCAGGUGUGGAUGGAAGGGUUUAUUUACGGGUUUUACAGCCUGGGUAACGGAUAUGGGGCAGUCACUACACUCGGCAGCUAUAACAGAUUCCAUGACAAGAGUCUAAUAAACUCAAUUAUCAUCAGCAUAGCAGAUUUACUGGCAGGGAUUUACUGCGGCUUCGCCCUGUUCACUAUCCUCGGUUACAUGGCUUACGAAACUGGCAUUCCUGUCUCUGAAAUACGGAAUUCAGGACCUGGCUUGAUUUUCAUCACAUACCCUCACACGGCCUCGUUACUGCCCUUACCCCAGCUCUGGACAGUUCUCUUCUUCCUCACCUGUAUUCUGCUGGCCGUGGACUCUCAGUUUGGGGCCUUCAAAACACUGACCAGCGGCCUAUGCGAUCUCUACCCCGGUACUCUGGGGAAACACAAGGUACUCGUCUGUCUGGCGGCGUGCGUGGGAGGCAAUCUAUUGGGACUCAUUUUUAUAACCCAGGGUGGCAUGUAUUAUUUCCAAGUAGUUGACUGGUAUUCGGCAGCAUUAGGCACAACAACCAUUUCCUUAUUUGAGGGGCUGGCCAUCGCCUGGGUGUAUGGGGCAGACAACUUUUGUGAAAACAUCAAGGAAAUGAUGCCCACCUUACCCAACAGAGUUCUGAAAAUCUUGAAAUUCCACUGGAAAUUUGUCCUUCCCGUCAUUUGUCUGGUAGUGUUAUCGAUCACCCUGUGGAGGUUUAAACCACCCACACUGAAUGACUACUCCUACCCAGAUAUUGCUCAGACAGUGGGUUGGGUGAUCGCCACAGGUAUUGUCUUACCAAUACCAGCCGCCAUUGUCUACGGCCUAUUCACAACUCAAGGCUCGCUAAUGCAGCGCUUCAAGCAUUUAUCAGCCAUGAGGUAUGACUCUUUUGUAAAACAUUCCUGUGAUGAAUGCAAGGAAAAAUCGUACUUCAGUGAUCUUCCACUGGAUAAGACAGAACUGGAAAUGUGCCAUAUGCUGCCCGAUGUUUUCCAAGAUGAUCGAGCUUGA